AUGAAGGAAAAGGUAUUCUGCGCGAUCCCAGAAGGAGUCGAAGUUGAUGAAGACUUUGACUGCUUUGAACUGGUCAAGGCGAUCUACGGACUAAAACAAGCAUCGCGCGUAUGGAACGAGACUUUUCAUGAGUUCGUCUGCUCCAUUGGAUUUCAAGUCUCCGAUUUUGACCCGUGUCUUUAUCUCAAGAUUACAAGUGGCGAGUGCGUGCUUUUGCUGGUAUACGUCGAUGAUGUGUUGGUGACUGACAGCUCAACCGAACUGAUUUUGCGCACCAAGAGUGACUUAAAGGCGCGUUUCGAAAUGACCGACAGUGGGAAGUGCGCAUUCGUGUUGGGCAUCGAGCUGGUGGACAACGACGACGGUAGCGUGACGAUGUGCCAGCGACGCUACGUGGAAGAUGUUCUCAAGCGUUUUGGCAUGAGCGACUGCAAAGCCGUCACCAGCCCAACAGACAUCAGUUCUCGACUCAUACCAAGUACCGCAGCAACUAAAAUCGACGCCCCGUUUCGUGAAGCAGUAGGCGCUUUAAUGCACUUGAUGACCGCGACACGACCGGACAUUGCCUUUGCUGUGAGUUACGUUUCGCGCUUCAUGGAGAACCCCCAAGUCGAGCAUUGGAUGGCGGUCAAGCGCAUUUUGCGAUACUUACAAGGGACUAAGUCGCAAGGUAUCUGUUUUAUUGUGGGUUGA